GACUGGAUCUGGCCUGGAUGGAUGCAGGAUUGCUCUUCAACUCACCCAACAGACAGCAGAUGGGUGGAGCACGAGCCACCACUCGCGAUAAGGCGACCGAACUGCCUGCCUGCCCGCGCACCACACUUUGCGCUUAUCGAUAAUACGAUAAAAGCUGUCCGACAGGCACUGUGGCGGCCAUGGCCGGGCAGGGAAGGCAUUCCAAGUAGGUAAGGUACCUUUGUACCGCUCUCUGGGUGCCUGCCUCACCUGCACCUACCUUACCCGUCCGCGACUACCUCGAUAUCACACACAGCAGAGUUAUUUCUCCAACUCAAAAAUUCAAAUGACCUUGGUCAAUUGACAUCACGGAGAACACAAAGGCCAUGUCGUCUACGAAGGAUUCCACGGUCUCGAUCGACAGGAAUUAUCUGGACACCCCCAUCAGAAGGGCUCAGUUGAACACCGACAAUGAUCCUAACUCAAGUUAUCUCACCGUCACUAUUACCCGCGCCGAGCAUGACAUCCUUGUCAAAAAGGCCCGAGAAUUCGCAAAUUUGCGUCGUAACCUCAUGCAAGGUGGUGUAACUGAAGCUACCCUGGCUGUAUUGACCUGUGACGAGUCCAACUAUCAAGAGGAUAAUGUUGAAGAGCAGUUCACUUCACCAUCCGAGGCUCCUCGGAAUGAGAUUCAACGGCCAGUCAGCCAUUCACGCGUGACGACUGCCCCAGCCACGCGAGGAAAUGAAAACUCAAGUCGACCUCCUAUCCAGCAACCUGUCAAGAGUGAGUGGGCUGAGGAGGAGCCUGGCACCCUUGAUGAAUCUGAGGUGACAAUCUCUCCCAUUGAGCCUGAGCUUAAGCCUGAACAUGGUUUUGGGGAUCAGAAUGAUUCCCAGUUGCCCAUGCGGCCUCGCUUCGAGCGUUUGGCCACGCGGACUGUCUUGAUCUUGAACCUCGCCGAAGGCACAACUCACGCUGACAUCGUUGGCGUUGUGCGUGGUGGUCAGCUUCUGGACAUCUUCAUGAGACCUUACGACCGGACCGCCCAUGUGUCUUUCCUGCAUGGCACUGACGCAGCGGCCUUCCUUGAGCAUACCCGGCGCCAUGAUCUAUACAUCAGACAGAAAAGAGUUGAUGUUCGAUGGAGUGAUCGACACUUCACCUUACCUGGCCAUGUUGCGAGUAAGCUCGGCAUUGGUGCUAGUCGCAAUCUCAUCCUUCGACGAUGCGACCCGAAGCUCACCGAAGAGGAGAUUCGCGAUGAUAUGGAGCACAUCCACAACUUGGUUGUCAUCGCUGUCAGUUUCCGAGGCGGAAGCUGCUACAUCAACACGAACUCUGUGCACAAUGCCAUGUUUGCGCGGACCUGCAUGAUGAGUCGAUUCAAAUACAAGGGAUCUAAAAUCGAGUGGGACGUUGAUGAAUGUGCGCAGCCCUUGCCUGCCGAGCCUCAGCGAGUCCAGACUCAAAUACCCCCGACCAGACGCCCAAUGAAUCCCAUGGCCAACCGUUUCGAGCUUUUGAAGUUGGACAAGGCUGAGGAGGACGAGGAAAACAUUCGGCCGAAGUUCCAACCAGCUCUCAGCCGAAGAUUGUGGGUUGGUGACGAAAAACGACGUCCAGAUCCCAUACGAAUUCCGGCGAACUUGGAAUUGAGGGGCGGGGUUUAAGGGCUCCCUGGUAUAUGUUGGUCGUUUGAGCCUACGGGCCUCUGUUUUGGGUCUUUUGGGGGAAAGAGUUUGCUAUGUUUCUUGGCGGGAGGGUAGUACGGAGUUCUAGAGAUACCCUACGCUUCGAGUGCGUUUGCUACUUUUUAGAGGCUACUCUCUCCGCGGAUCUUCGACUCCAUCUGCGAAGACGGGAUAGACCUCUGACUA